UCUUAGCAGAAAGUUGAAAAAUGUUGCGUUUACUUCACACUAGUAAAGCGCCAUUAUUUUCCCCCUAUUGCCAUGGGAACCUUGUGAAGUGACGUAAUUACGCGACGUGAACAUCAUCUGCAAACUAUGAAACCAUGAUGAAGCACACAAAUCAUUCUCAUUUGCCAAUAAAAAUAAGCGCAAAAGACCGCGCGAAGCAGUUUCCCGGUGUGUUACAUGACAGUGGGGGCAAAAUAUUUUGCACUCCGUGCAACUGCGUGUUGACGCUAGGAAACCACUUUCACUUUGCCACCGCCAAGGAUGGUUAAAGCAGCAGCGGAAGCAGGCAGGAAGAAGCACACAUUUUUAAAAUAUUUUAUUUAUUCAUUUUUAUAGAAGUUGUUGGAUAUUAAUAAUAAUAAGUUUAUUUUAUAUAGCGCCUUUCUACAAACUCACAUUCCUUUUGUAAAACUACAGAACUUGUUUGACUCAAUGUUUUGUAAGUUUGAGCCAUGUGUUAAUUAAGGUCUGAAAUAAAACAGAAUGAGAACUUAAAUAUUCUGUGAUUUAGUAUGCUUGCUUAUCAUAGGAAGUAAUAGGAAAUUACUCUUUACAUUAAAGUAGUAGCCUAGUGAGAACAGGGUGUUGGGGGAAUCACCUUUUAUUUUUUUCUGUUUUUCAUCAAACCGCAGUUUUUGCAAGUUCUCGCAAUUUCAUCGCAUAAAAUUGCAAAAAUAUCCCGCAUAUUCCAUCGCAUUUUUUAAGAAAACGUGCCGCAAAAUCAAGCAUUUUAGCCCGCAACAAUCACAAAAAUAUUCCGCGUUUUUCUGGAGGGACUGGCUUUCUGCAUGGAUCACAGAACGUACCAAAAAAAGGUGGGCCUGGGGGAGGGGCGGGGGUGGUGCUACUGGGGCGUAAUUUGUAGAACUUUCGCACACUGGAUGAGAAGCUCCGCAUCUUUAAAAUAAGAAAACAUUUCAGAUUGUACAUUUUUACAUUUUGCAUUCUGGUCUGUAAGACUGUACAAUUUAAUAUUAGAAAGAGUAGCUACUAAUAGUAUUAGUUAGAUGCCAGAUAUAUUAUAUAUUCUUUUAAGCUUGACUCCGGAUAAUCUGAUAAAGUUACCUGAGAAAAGUGAAUAUGUGUGUUAAUAGAUUCAGUGUUGAAAAAAGAUUUUAAAAAGUUAGAAGUUACAACAGGCAAAUGUCACCCAUUCGUUGGAAUGGCUCUGUAAAACUUGGAUGCUGUUUCAGUUGUGGUGCUCGUGACUGCCGACUGUCUUAACUCUGAAUAGCAUGAAACACACUGAUGACGUAUGAUGUCUGCGGGAACAUGGUGUGUGAGGGUAUGUAAAAACAUAUGUUGACAGGAAGGUAGGACAUCCUAUUGUAGCCCUCGGACAGAGGGAUAUGAUUGGACGAACAUUUUAUGGUCCUACGCCUUAUACAGAAGAUAGAAAUACAUUUAGACCACUUUAGUGAUUGCUGUAGGGAUGUGAAGAGACUUUCAACCAGCAUAAAAAAAUGUUUUUGAAGCAAAUCACUUACCCCGCAUUUAGCACAAGUGGGGUACUGCGAGUUGUGAUGGUGGAACAUUUAAAAACACAGGGAACAUUUAAAAUUGCGUGCAAGACUGUUCAGGCCCUCUUACAUAGUACAUACAGAUAUUACUUUAAUGUAACAUUGAAUAGUUGGUAUGUGACUACCUUGAAACUGAUAAUGGUGUCUCUUUUAAUAACUGAAAUGAUACUGCUCCGCUCUCAUCCAGGUUCAGCUCUUCAUGGAUAAAGCAGCAGCGCUACUCUAAGUAAUCAGUGUAGUUUGUAGCUCCCUCUGUUGGUGAAAAUAAUCACUAAACGAUUGUUCUGGUAACAAGCAGGAUGUGUUUGUAGGCUUUUUAAAAAUAAAUCUCAAAAACUGGUGAUCACUCCAGUCUGGGACAGGACACCAAAAAUGCAGUAUUUUUUGAGUGAACUAUCCCUUUAAGCUAUAGAAAUAAAUACUCUGUGUUCUUGGAGAGCCCAUUUUCCAGCAGAGUUUAGUUCUGACUGUAAUUAAAUGAAACUGAACCAACUUACCAAGGACACUAGGUUACAGCCAGGUGUGGAACUAAACUCUGCAGGAAGUUGACCCCUUUUCUCCCCGGUCUUCUAAAUAAACACAAACUUUCUUGUGAAUACGAACUUCUUCAUUGUUUUCAUCUGUUUUUGCCUCACACAGAUUGGACAAUGUUCAGCAUUUUGCAGCUAUUCUUCCAAAUGGAAUACUGGAAAGGAGUAAAGGAGUAUCUGGUUUUUGUUAACUGAGCAACAAAUCUAGAUAUUGAUCUGAAAUGGAGCUGACUGCAUCCAGCUGUGUCUCAGUGUUGGACUACUUCUUCACCUUCUUGCUUGGACUUCCUGGCAACCUGCUCGUUCUUUUCGUGUACAUCCGUAAGGCUCGAAAACACGGUGCCACUCCCAAUGUAGUCUACGCUCUUAACCUAUGUGUGGCAAAUCUCGCUCUAGUGUUGUGGAUGCCAGUCAAAGUGGCAGAGAUGGUUCUUCAUGGUUGGGCGCUUCCAGCUGAGGUUUGUCCUGUUUACAGCUUCUUCCUGUUCUCCUCGGUCUACGGUAGGAGUCUGAUCCUCACAGCAGUCGUCAAGGGCCGUUACCUGAGUAUUGCCUACCCCAUAACUUACAACCUCUACCGCAGGGUCCAUACUUCUUGCCUGGUGAGCGCCAUCUUGUGGGCUGUAGUGCUCUUACACUUGGGUUUUGCUUAUCUUGCUGAAGGAGGGGGACAUUUUGUGUCUUUAUCAGAGCAUAAUGUCUCCGCAUGCUAUGAAAACUUCACCCAGGAGCAGUUGGAAGUGCUGGUGCCGUUACGCCUAGAGAUGGCGCUGCUGCUCUUCCUUCUGCCGCUUGUUUUGUCAGCAUUCUGCACGCUGCGAUGCCUUGUGCUUGUCAGACACUCUUCUUUGCCCUCUGGUGGGAAAAGAAGGGUAUUAGCCAUUGCACUCUCCACAUUAGUAGUGUUUGUGGUCUGUUAUGGACCCUACAAUGUUUCUCACGUGGUGGGCUUUGUCUUGUACACUAAUGUGGGGUGGAGAAGUGAAGCCAUGCUUUCGAGCUCCUGCAAUGUGUUUCUAGAGCCCGUGGUUAUGUUGAUGCUUUCGCCGUGGACGCCGAGGGAUUUGGUGGACAGACUUUGCUGUAAGCGAAGGGACGCAUCAUGCAAGAUGUGGCAUCAGCAUUACUGCAGUAGGGCUUCCAGGAACCCUCAAACAACAACUACCUAUGUUUUGUCAAUCAUAAGCCACUGAGAAUCUAAAGAUGACAAAGCAAGAGCAAACAAAGCAGACCCGUCCAUAAAGGUGACCUGAUAAAGGUACACUCAUGGAACAAGUGAGAACAUGGAAUUUUUAAGUGUGCGUCACCCAGACACAUUUAGGGGAAGGAUAUGAGCUGCAAGAUAAUGUUUUGGUGGCCAUUAAAGAUAUUGGAUGAGAAAGUGCACAUUCUUUUAAAAUUUAGCUUUUUUUUCUUUUUUUUCACAGCUUCCACUAUUCAAUAAUGGUUGCCUCUGUAUUAUAUAAUUACAUUUUUAGUGAUUUUAACCAAAAAUAUAAACUAUUGUAAAUAAAUAUAGUUAGUAAAUAUUGUAAAAUAGUAAUAUCUGGUAGAUCCUUUGAACAUGUGAGAAGAUCUAUAGAACAUUUUUGAUACUAAUGAACCAUGUCUUUGUAACUAUUCUGUGAAACAAUCAUUCUGUAAAUAUUAUUACAGUUUUUUACAGACGCUAGGACACAUUUCUCAAUACUUAGGUCACUUUUGCAAAACUCUUCACACAGU